AUGCAAUCACAACCAGGAAUAUUAGAUUUGUCUGCAUACAAUUUGCCUAAGAGUGAUUCCUUAUCUGUGAGAAUACAAGAGAACUUUUCCCUUUAUGGUGUUCGAUAUACUCAAUUGGUUGUAGUGGCAAUUGCAAUUGGAGGACUCACAAACUUCGCGGUUUUGUUAACACUCUUUCUUAGUUACUUAGGAUGGGCAUAUGUUAUGAAAUAAAGUGCUAUUUUAGAUUUCCUACCUGAUUUAGGAUUCGUCAAUACUCAAGAUAAAAAAAUGAUACUUUUACUACUAUUUAAUAUCUUACUUAUUUUGGCUAUUUCGGGUCCUCAAAUAUUGACUUAUGUGGGUCUUGGAUGUUUAAUCGUAAUCGUACAUGCAUCAUUAUGGAAAAGUCCCUCAACUUUACCUGGACAAGAUAUGUAGUCAGAGUUCGACAAAGUGUUAAUAUAAAAUGAUGUUGAAUUAAUUAAUCAUUGA